AUGGAAAUCGGUUGCGCCAUCCUUGUGGAAGCCGAUCCACCACUGCCUGACGACCUCUCCUUGGGACCCAAGGGUGUGAUGCUGACGCACUCUAACAUGAUCGCCUCCAUUUUGUGCUCUGUCGAAAUCACUCCAUUGGAUGAGUCAGAUGUGCCUAAACUGCUCGACGACAUGGCCGAGCUGAGACCGACGGUGUUCCCGUCCGUGCCACGGUUGCUAAAUAGAGUUCAUGACAAGAUUACACAGGGCGUAGUAGCUGCAGGUGGAUUGAAGAAGCUCUUGUUUGACCAGGCAUACCCAGCUAAGAAGGAGUACCUAGCAGAGGGCUACUACACGCACGUAUUCUGGUGGUACGGACUUCCGGGAACGGCGGCGGUGGUGUCCUGUGCGAUGGCUGAGAUGCCAAUGACUCGACAUGUGCGUGUCCCCGUUGUUGGCGCUGAGAUCUGCCUAGAAGACGUUCCGGAAAAGCAUUACUCGACUCGAGAUACGCCAUGUCCUCGAGGUGAAAUCCUGACCAGGUCUGGACACGUCUUCAAAGGUUACGACAAGCAGCCAGAGCUGACGAGCGAAGUUCUGGAUGCAGACGGCUGGUUCCACACGGUGUUCGUGCCUAGUGAUUCAUUCGAGAAUUACGUGGUGGGGAUCGUCGUUCCUGACCCUGAGUAUGCUUCGGCCUGGGCUGAAAUGCAACGCCUGGAGGGAGAGGAGACUUCGCUGUAUAAGUUGUGUGACCCUGUAAACAAGUCUCCUCUUCGUGUCAUCCAGGAAGACUUACGACAGUUGGCUCUGGCUGCAAAGCUGCUUCCGUUCGAACGCGCGCACAAGUUGAGGCUUCACGCAGAACAGCUCACUCUGGAAAACGGCGUAGCCACGCCCACCUUCAAGCCCAAGCGCUUCGAACUGAUCAAGUAUUUCAGUGACGUCAUCGAUGAAAUGUACGAGGAGCAGAGUAAGCUCUGA